UGAGUUUACUUGAGUAAAUGCCACGUCUUACCAGCAGCAUCAACGCAGACUGAAGUAUUAGCGAUUUAUCAAACAUACUGAACCCAGGACAGGGAGUUAUCCAGCGGCCCAGCAGACAGUGAUAUCUGACACAAUCCGGGGAUAAUAUGGGCUGUGUACGUCUGCUGGCACUGACACUGGCCACAUCUGCAGUACUCCUGUUAGCCUCCCAUUCAACCACUGCUCAUAGCCAUUCUCAUGGUGACCAUGGACACGGCCACGGCCACCACCACCAUGGCCACCAUCACCAUGGCCAUGGCCACUCCCAUGGAGAGGACGACCACCAUGAAGAAGUGAGGAUGUUCCACGGAGCGAGCAAGUGGAGUGCAGAGGCCAACCUCCAAGAAGAGGAGGACCACGGACACGCACACUCUCAUGACCACGGACAUGCACACUCUCAUGACCACGGACACGCACACUCUCAUGACCACGGACACGCACACUCUCAUGACCACGGACAUCAGGAGGAUAUUAUUCGGGUGCAGAAGGAGGAGAGUGGACACGGACAUUCACAUGGAGGGGAGAGGGUGAAGAGGGAGGCAGAAGGAGAGAAGAGGGACAUGGUGGAGCUCUGGACACAGGCCAUCGGAGCGACCCUGCUGAUCAGCGCGGCUCCUUUCCUCAUCCUGUUUCUCAUCCCAGUUCAGUCCAACAGCGACCAGCACCAGAACCUGCUGAAGGUGCUGCUCAGCUUCGCCUCAGGGGGACUGCUGGGUGACGCCUUCCUCCACCUCAUACCACACGCUUUGGAGCCCCACUCUCACCAUGUAGAGGAUGAUCACGGACACUCGCAUGCAAGUGAAGAGUCACAUGACCACGGCCACUCCCACGGAGCUGCCCACGGUCACAUGAUGUCAGUGGGUCUGUGGGUUCUCGGGGGGAUCAUUGCUUUCCUGGUUGUGGAGAAGUUUGUGCGGGCCCUGAAGGGAGGGCACAGCCAUUCUCACGGCCACUCACAUGAUGCUCCCAAGGAAAAGGACAGUGAUGGAGAAGAAGAGAAGGAAAAGAAGAAGAAGAAGAAAGAAGAGAAGGUGUCAAAGAAAGAAGAGAAAAGCACAGACAUCAAGGUGUCGGGUUACCUGAACCUGGCAGCUGACUUCACACAUAACUUCACAGACGGUCUGGCAAUCGGAGCGUCAUUCCUGGUUGGUCCAGCAGUCGGCGGUGUCACCACCCUCACCAUCCUGCUGCACGAAGUCCCACAUGAGAUUGGAGACUUUGCCAUCCUUGUCCAGUCUGGCUGCACCAAAAGAAAGGCCAUGUGUCUACAGCUUCUGACAGCUCUGGGAGCUCUGACCGGUACAGCCUGCUCCCUGUUGGCUGAGGGCGUGGGCGCUGCAGCGACCGCCUGGAUCCUGCCCUUCACAGCCGGCGGGUUUAUUUACAUCGCCACAGUGACCGUGCUCCCAGAACUGCUGGCUGGCCGCACCAGUUUCGGCCAGUCCCUCAUGGAGAUUCUGGCGCUGCUGUUCGGAGUCGGCAUGAUGGUGCUGAUCGCAGAGUAUGAGUGAGACGCAGCAGGGUGGACUGAGAGGUAAACGGUCAAAAGCGGUUGGGAAAAAAAAUGCUGUUUUUUUAAGUCAAGUGGAUUAUUAUUUGUCAGGGGUGUGUUUUCUUUUUUUCUUUUUUUUUAAUUCUGUUUUGGGACAAACACCACCUACUGAUGGCGAAUGGAUGAUUUUUGUUGUUUUGUGUUUUUUUAGCAGGUCACAGUCACAUCCCUGAUUUGUGUUGAUGUUUCUUCUUUGGCUUCUUACAAACUGUUUUAUCAGGAGAGACUGAGAGCUGGAAAGAAACAACCUGAUGGAUACGUUUUUGAGGACUGCUGUGUUAUUCAUUAAGAUCUUUCAUCAUGAGGUGAAAUCUUUCGGUCCGCCAGUCCAACAAUUCACUCACCGCUUUCACCACACGGGUCAUUCAGCGCCACCUUUACUUCACAGUAAACUGACAGUUGGAUUUCUCCAAAAGCGGCUUCAAGUAGAUUCAUCCUCCAGCCCAUAACACUAAAUCUUCGGUCAUUUUGUGAGUGGUUGUUCCCUAAAUCUACACUUGGGAGCUGGGUCUGUGGAAGACCAGAGACGGCAGAACCACGGUGACCUGCUCAGUAGUACGUGUUUAGUGUCUGUUUCAUUUGGAGAUAUCGAAUGUUAAUAUUUUUACAUUCCUCAGAAUAAAAGUAAAUGUUGUGGCUUCUAAAGAUGUACUCUCAAAUCAUUUAAAUCUCUAUGAAAGGAACAGUUGUUUGUAACCUUUAGCAUUCCUGCACAAUGAUGAUGAUAAAGAACGGUAAAAUACUGACAGCUGUGAUGAACGUCCCCAAUAAAGGUUCACCAUUUUUUACUAA